CAGUCCUCGCCACCCCUCGUCUCUAUCCGUUCCCUUUUUCCCACGCUAUAAAUACAUUCAUCUCCCUUCCUACGUCUCCUCCAUUGCCGUUUCUCCAAUCAUCUGCGACUAACUAUCUAAACACCACAUCUAUGGCGGACAGGAUCAAAGGUCCAUGGAGCCCCGAGGAGGACCAUCUGUUGCAAAAACUCGUGGAGAAGCACGGCGCCAGGAACUGGUCCCUUAUAAGCAAGUCCAUCCCCGGUCGCUCCGGCAAGUCCUGCCGUCUCCGGUGGUGCAACCAGCUCUCGCCGCAGGUGGAGCACCGGGCCUUUACGGCGGAGGAAGACGCGACUAUCAUCCGGGCCCACGCCAAGUUCGGGAACAAGUGGGCGACCAUUGCCCGCCUGCUCUCCGGCCGGACCGACAACGCCAUCAAAAACCACUGGAACUCUACCCUGAAGCGCAAGUGCCUGUCCAUGUCGGAGGAGGAGCUCAACAGCUUCGAUCCCGACGCCGUCCACCCGCCGCCGCUGAAGCGAUCGGCGAGCGUCGGCCCCGGCACGGAGGUCUUCUGCUUCAACCCGGGUAGCCCGUCCGGGUCGGACAUGAGCGGCCUGAGCCAUUCGGGUCAUCUCGUUUUCCGACCCGUUGCUCGGACGGUUGGGUUCUCGCCGCCAGACCCGGUCACGUCGCUUAGCCUUUCGCUUCCCGGAUCGGAUGCGACUACGCCGGCGCCGGCGUCGAUUUUAACAGAGCAAAGCUUGAAUCGGAAUCCAAUUCCAAUACUACAGCAAGUGGCGGAUCAUCCCGCACCCGUUUUAUCAUCUAAGCAGUAUCCAUCGCAGCAUCCUGUUGAAGCUGCUGCUAUCCAAUCUAACCAGUUUUUCAAUCCAGAAUUCCUGUCAGUGAUGAUGGAGAUGGUGAGGAAGGAAGUGAGGAGUUACAUGGAAGGGAUUGAGCAGAAUGGGUUCUUAAGCCUGCAGAGUGAGGGCAUCCGAAAUGAUGCUGCAGUCAAGUGAGAGAUUGGGAUUAGGAUCGGAUCGGAUCAUAGGCAAAGUUUGAUUGAUUAAUUGAUUGAUUGGUUGAGUCUGUUUAUGAUAUGCGAGUGAGUUUUAAGGAUGGAAUUUAUUCAGUACAAGUGGGCUAUGGAAGAAGAAGAAGAAGAAGAAGAAAGACAGCAUCUGAUGACCUAGCUUGUAUUUGAAUCUUUGAGAGAGAGAGAGAGAGAGAGAGAAAUAAGUUUGCUUAGUGUCCCUCACUGUAUAUAAAUGAGAAGAGAAUGAAUUUAACAAUGGAUCAAUCCCAAAUUAAAUGGAAUUGAGAGGUUGGCAUUUUGCACA